AUGUGAGAAGAAAGCAUGCAGGUUAUAUUGCUUCCUAUUGGCCUGCAGGGUGCAAGGCAGACUGUGCUUCCUGCUUCAGUGAGAACUUCUGCAUAUGUUGUUAUCCAGAGAAACUUCAUCGACAUGCUGAACAAAGCGCCCAGACUGAAAAGUACAAUUAAAACGAAGGCGAAGGGCAACAUAAACGUGAGGCCGGCGUCAGAGGCGAUGAUCGAACUGCUGACACUGCUGUUCCUGAACAGCCUGGCUGAAGAGGCGAAGGCCAAAGCGUUUGAGGAGAAAUCUGCGACGAUCAGAGCUCAGCACGUCAGGGCAGUCUCCAAGAAAGUACUGAAAAAGGCGAGAGGAUGAUGAAGACGGUGAAGAGCAUCAUAAAGAUUAUUUUGGAAGGCAGUAGCAAUAUUCUUUCAUAUUUUUAAUGUCUUGUUUUGAUCCGAAAUCCCUUUUUUGAGUUUAUUGUAUUUUUAUUGUAUUUUCGUGCAAGUAAACACUGUCCUUUAAUUGUUCUGUAUUAAACAUUUGUGAAUUUUA